CUCACUGCUUACUCUUCUGCGCUCUCUUUCUCUCUCUCCCUCGACACACUCUUUUACACACACACACACACCCCUCCACCUCGUUUGACCACCAGUUUACUCGUAGUCUGCUAGACUAACACUGUGUAACCCACCACUCCCCACACACUCUCUCUCUUCUUCAAGAUUCUCACACCCAUGCCAUGCUUCCUAUUUCCAAACACAACCCCAUAAAAAUAAAAACUCACCAAAUAUCAGAGCCCCUAGUUCUAUAUGCAACCAUGAAACUCACUUAGGCGAAACGUCUAAAAAGUGAUCUCUCUCUCUCUCUCUGUUCAACUUGGAAAAUGGCGGAAGCAGCUGAAGCUAAAGCAACGGCAAAUGCAGAGAAAAAGAAAGAGCAAAGCCUGCCUUUCUAUCAGCUAUUUUCGUUCGCGGAUAAAUACGACUGCGUUUUGAUGAUUUCCGGCAGCCUUGGAGCUGUCAUACACGGCUCCUCAAUGCCUGUUUUCUUUCUGCUUUUCGGUGAAAUGGUCAAUGGUUUCGGUAAAAACCAAAUGGAUUUGCACAAAAUGACACAUGAAGUUGGAAAGUAUGCUUUGUAUUUCGUUUUUCUUGGGUUGGUAGUGUGCUGCUCUUCCUACGCUGAGAUUGCAUGCUGGAUGUACACGGGAGAGAGGCAAGCUGGUGCCCUGAGAAGAAAAUAUUUGGAGGCAGUGUUGAAACAGGACGUGGGAUUCUUUGAUACAGAUGCAAGAACUGGUGAUAUUGUUUUCAGUGUUUCUACCGACACUCUUCUUGUCCAAGAUGCAAUCAGCGAGAAGGUUGGGAACUUCAUACACUAUCUAUCGACGUUUUUGGCCGGGUUGGUGGUUGGUUUUGUGUCGGCAUGGAGGCUUGCUCUGCUCAGUGUGGCUGUGAUUCCCGGAAUUGCAUUUGCCGGAGGUCUCUAUGCCUACACUCUCACCGGACUCACCUCCAAGACUCGUGAAUCCUACGCCAGCGCUGGUGUCGUUGCUGAGCAGUCGAUCGCACAAGUUAGGACGGUGUACUCGUAUGUUGGGGAGAGCAAAGCUCUAAGCGCGUAUUCAGAUUUGAUACAGAACACUCUGAAGUUGGGAUACAAGGCUGGAACGGCUAAAGGCCUCGGCUUAGGAUGUACUUAUGGCAUAGCAUGCAUGUCGUGGGCGCUCGUUUUCUGGUAUGCCGGUGUCUUCAUCAGAAACGGACAGACCGAUGGUGGCAAGGCCUUCACGGCUAUCUUCUCCGCCAUUGUUGGUGGCAUGAGCCUUGGUCAGUCGUUUUCUAAUCUUGGGGCCUUCAGCAAAGGAAAGGCGGCCGGAUACAAGUUGAUGGAGAUGAUGAAGCAAGAGCCUAAGAUAGUCGAAAAUGCAUCCGGCGCCAAGUGCCUUUCUGAUGUUGUGGGUAACAUUGAGUUCAGGAAUGUGACUUUCAGCUAUCCAUCGCGGCCAGAUGUCUUCAUCUUCAGAGAUUUCUCCAUUUCCUUCCCUGCUGGGAAGACUGUCGCCGUCGUUGGUGGAAGUGGUUCCGGGAAGAGCACCAUCGUCUCCUUGAUCGAAAGGUUCUACGAUCCUAAUCAGGGGGAAGUUUUGCUGGACAGUGUGAACACGAAGAUGCUGCAGCUGAAAUGGCUGCGGACUCAGAUUGGUUUGGUGAAUCAAGAACCCGCGCUCUUCGCCACAACAAUACUGGACAACAUCCUCUACGGAAAGGCCGAUGCAUCUAUGGCACAAGUGGAGGCUGCUGCUUCCGCUGCCAACGCUCAUAGCUUCAUCUCCUUGCUUCCCAACGGGUACAGCACGCAGGUGGGAGAGCGUGGAGUCCAGCUCUCGGGCGGGCAGAAGCAGAGGAUUGCAAUGGCGAGAGCCAUGUUAAAAGAUCCCAAGAUACUACUCCUGGAUGAAGCAACGAGCGCGCUUGAUGCUGGCUCGGAGAGCAUCGUCCAGGAGGCUCUGGAGCGUCUCAUGGUGGGGAGGACUACCGUAGUCGUAGCUCACCGUCUCUCCACGGUGAGAAACGUAGACUCCAUCGCGGUUCUACAGCAGGGGCAAGUCGUGGAGACGGGGACACACGAAGAGCUAAUCGCCAAGGCCGGAGGAGCAUAUGCAUCCCUCAUCAGGUUCCAGGAAACAGGGGGAAACAGGGAAUACUCGACCCACCGCACGCGGUCGUCGCGCCUCAGCCACUCGCUGUCGACUAAAUCCCUCAGCCUGCGGUCGGGGAGUCUGAGGAAUCUCAGCUAUUCUUACAGCACGGGUGCUGAUGGUCGGAUCGAGAUGGUUUCCAACGCUGAAAGUGACCGGAAGAAUCGAGCUCCGAGGGGGUAUUUUUGGCGGCUGCUUAAACUGAAUGCCCCAGAGUGGCCUUACUCGAUCAUGGGAGCCAUAGGGUCUGUUCUAUCUGGCUUCAUCGGCCCAACUUUUGCGUUGGUGAUGAGCAACAUGAUUGAGGUGUUCUACUAUACGGAUUCGGGUGCCAUGGAGAGGAAAACCAAGGAAUACGUGUUCAUUUAUAUUGGAGCUGGUGUCUAUGCUGUAAUUGCAUACUUGAUCCAGCACUACUUUUUCAGUAUCAUGGGAGAGAACCUUACUACAAGAGUCAGGAGGAUGAUGCUCGCAGCAAUAUUGAGGAAUGAAGUGGGAUGGUUCGACGAGGAGGAGAACAACUCGAGCCUGCUUGCAGCGCGGUUGGGUACGGAUGCCGGUGAUGUAAAAUCGGCGAUUGCGGAGAGAAUAUCGGUUGUGUUGCAGAACAUCACAUCUCUUCUCACCUCCUUCAUAGUUGCCUUCAUAGUUGAAUGGAGAGUUUCGCUCCUCAUAUUAGCUACCUUCCCUCUACUCGUCCUAGCAAAUUUUGCUCAGCAACUGGCCCUGAAAGGGUUCUCAGGAGACGCGGCGAAGGCGCACGCCAAAACGAGUAUGAUCGCAGGAGAAGCAGUGAGCAACAUAAGAACCGUGGCCGCGUUCAACGCCCAACCAAAGAUCCUCUCUCUCUACAUGCACGAGCUCCGAAUCCCUCAGCGCCGUAGUCUGCGCCGCAGCCACUGCUCCGGCCUCUUGUUCGGCCUCUCCCAGCUCGCCCUCUACGCCUCCGAAGCCCUCAUCCUCUGGUACGGCGCCCACCUCGUCACCCGAGGCCUCUCCACCUUCUCCAAGGUGUUGAAGGUAUUUGUGGUCUUGGUCAUCACCGCCAACUCCGUCGCCGAAACCGUCAGCCUCGCCCCCGAGAUCAUCCGGGGCGGGGAGGCCGUCGCCUCCAUCUUCUCCAUCCUCGAUCGCCCCACUAAAAUCGACCCGGACGACCCCGACGCCGAGCCCGUCGACUCCGUCCGCGGCGAGAUCGACCUCCGCCACGUGGAUUUCGCCUACCCGUCGCGGCCGGAGGUCGCCGUCUUCAAGGACUUCAGCCUCCGCAUCCGCGCCGGCCAGAGCCAGGCUCUGGUCGGAGCGAGCGGGUCCGGGAAGAGCACCGUGAUCGGAUUGAUCGAGAGAUUCUACGAUCCCACGGCGGGGAAAGUCAUGAUCGACGGCAAAGAUAUAAGGAGAUUGAACUUGAGAUCCCUCCGCCUCAAAAUCGGGCUGGUGCAGCAGGAGCCGGCGCUGUUCGCGGCCAGCAUCUUCGACAACAUCGCUUACGGGAAGGAAGGCGGCGGCGCGGCGACGGAGGCGGAGGUGGUGGAGGCGGCACGGGCGGCGAACGUGCACGCGUUCGUGAGCGGGUUGCCCGACGGGUACAAGACCGCGGUGGGCGAGAGGGGCGUGCAGCUGUCGGGGGGGCAGAAGCAGAGGAUUGCGAUAGCGCGAGCCGUGAUGAAGAACCCGUCGAUACUGCUGCUGGACGAGGCGACGAGCGCGCUCGAUGCGGAGUCGGAGUGCGUGCUGCAGGAGGCGCUGGAGAGGCUCAUGAGGGGGCGGACCACCGUGGUGGUGGCCCACAGGCUGUCGACGAUACGGGGCGUCGACAGCAUCGCUGUGGUUCAAGACGGGCGCGUUGUGGAACAGGGCAGCCACGCUCAACUCGUGGGCCGCCAAGAUGGAGCCUACUCGAGGCUCUUGCAACUGCAACUGCAACGACAUCGUAUUUGAAGAAAACAUGCAUUCUCAUGCUCAUAUUCUUAUCUUAUUUCCUUGUUUUGAUUUGCAUCAUGUGUAGAUACGGACUUCGCUGCCAAGUAUAUUUUUCGAGGUAUAAAUUAACUCUUUUCAUAA